CUCGCAGCUCAAGAACCAAGCUUCAGCCUACACGAAGCUAGGUAGCUGCAGAGACGUCAAGAACCCAAAGCAGCCAGCCAUGUCUCGCUCUUGCUGCUACGCGGUGUCAGUGCUCCUCGCGCUCGCCGUGACGGCCAGCGCCACCGCGCCGGCCUUGCUGCACGAGGAGCCCCAGGACAAGCGGAUCGUCAUGUCCGACGCCCACCAGCUGGAGGAGGCCACGCGCCUGCUUGCCGCGGAGGGCGCGAGGGUGGCGUUGGCGUCCGUCUGGGCGGCCAAGAAGGACGACGGGGGCGGAAACGCGCCACUGGAGGGGAAGCCGAGCAGCGCCGUGGCCACGCAGGGCGACGACCAGGGCUCGUCAGGCGGCAGCAACGAGCGCAGCAAGGAGGAGGGCAGCAGCAAGGAGGGCGAGAAGCAGGCCAAGAGCUGCCUCACCAAGGAGGAGUGCCACAAGAAGAAGCUGCUCUGCGGCAAGGGCUGCACGCUCUCGGCACACAGCAAGUGCGCCGCCAAGUGCUCCAAGUCCUGCGUCCCCACCUGCUAGGAGCCCUGGCCGUGGCCGAGCAGCCGGCGGCGGCGACAUGCUGGCGAGAUCGGUCGGGUUCCGUGGUCAGGUUUGCGCGUUGCAUUGCGUGUCUUAGUCGUAAUUAGGUUGCAGGAGAGUCGAUUCUGAAGCUGAUGAAGGGAAUAAGGUUGGGGUACUUGCUGCAUGCAUACCUCUGGUGUCAUUUGUUCUGGUUCGUAUGUUUCUUCCAGGUUUCUGUGUA